AUGCUGUCGCGAGCCGCCAGACCAGCUCUCCGAGCUGCCGCCGCAGCUCAGGCUCGGGCCGCCGUCCCGAGCUCCGCCGCCACCUAUGCGACCCUCCGUGAGAUCGAGGACCGUCUCAAGUCGAUCCGAAACAUCGAGAAGAUCACCAACACGAUGAAGAUUGUCGCCUCCACCAAGCUCACCCGUGCCCAGCGCGCCAUGAACGACUCCCGCAAGUACGGCCAGACCUCCAACGAGGUCUACGAGUCGGCCGAGACCAAGGCUCUCGAGACCGAGGACAAGAAGACCCUCUACAUUGUCUGCUCCUCCGACAAGGGUCUCUGCGGUGGUAUUCACUCUGGUCUUGCCCGAUACAUCCGUCGCCAGGCCGCCGAGGAGAACUUCGACCUCGUCAUCGUCGGCGAGAAGGCCAAGGCUCAGCUUGGCCGAACCAACGCCAAGUCGAUCCAGCUCAGCUUCGCUGGUAUCGGCAAGGACGUCCCCACCUUUGCCGACGCCCAGGCUAUCGCCGACCAGAUCGUUCAGCUUCCCACUGAGUACACCGACAUCAAGAUCCUGUACAACAGCUUCCUGAACGCCCAGAGCUACGAGCCCUCCGUCAUUGAGGCAUUUUCCGAGGAGGCCAUCACCCAGUCCCCCAACUUUUCCGCUUUCGAGGUUGACGAUGAGGUCCUCUCCAACAUGCGCGAGUACGGCCUGGCCAACUCCCUCUACUGGGCUCUUGCCGAGGGCCACGCCUGCGAGCAGUCUGCCCGACGAAAUGCCAUGGAUAACGCCUCCAAGAACGCCGGUGAGAUGAUCAGCAAGUACCAGAUUCUGUUCAACCGUACCCGACAGGCUGUCAUUACCGGAGAACUGGUCGAGAUUAUCACUGGUGCCACCGCCUCGGAGGAUAUGUAA